CAUUCACUUCUCCUGCCUCCUUCUCCUUGGGAUCCAGCCAUGUCCUGCUACACCCGGUGCCAGCCCUGCCAGCCCUGUGGCCCCACCCCGCUGGGCAGCAGCUGCAAUGAGCCCUGUGUCAGGCAGUGCCAGGACUCCACCGUGUUCAUCCAGCCCUCGCCCGUGGUGGUGACCCUGCCUGGGCCCAUCCUCAGCUCCUUCCCACAGAACACUGUGGUGGGAUCUUCCACCUCUGCUGCUGUUGGCAACAUCCUCAGCUCUGAGGGAGUCCCCAUCAAUUCUGGGGGCUUUGACCUCUCCUGCAUCACCAACCGCUACGGUGGCAGCCGAUGCCGUCCCUGCUAA